CAGGUUGCCAGGCAGCAUAGUGACAGCGGUAUAAAAGCCCGGACCUGCUGUCCUGGAGCAGCGAUCAACCCUACCGCGCGCGCUUUGAAUUUCUCAGCGUCUGUCGGGUUCGAAAACCUCUGACUCGGAACAGCAGGGCAGCCUAGAGCACUCGGGGGCCGGAUGUGGUGUCUGGAGCGGCUCCUGCGGGACCGAGAUGGGUUCCUCCCGGGGCGCGCCCGCCGAGCCAAAGCUCGCUCGUCCUCCGCGUGUGCAAACGUGCUCACUCCUGACCGCAUCCCAGAGUUCUGCAUCCCGCCGAGGCUGGAGCCUAGCACGGCCUGGGCUGCGCUGCGCGACGCGUGGGCAGCGAAUGCGGACACCCACGACGGCGCGGGCCACACGGACUGGGACCCGCGCUCACAGGCUGCGCUCUCGCUGCCGCACCUGCCCCGCGCGCGCACCGCCUACGGCUUCUGCGCGCUGCUCGAGUGCCCGCACACGCGCCGCAAGGAGUCGCUCUUCCUCGGCCACCCAGGCGCCCCCGUCCCCCGGCCGGGGCUCCGCCAACGCGCUCACACUCUCGCGAGCUCGCGCCGAGUCCCGGACGCCCCGAGCUCCGCACCGGACAACCCAGACACCGCCCGGGUCCUGACGCCCCUUGCCGCUUCCCGCAGACGCCGCCUCCUGCGCGGCCCCGACGGGCUGCUGAGCCGCGCGCUGCGGGCCCCUCGAGGUCGGGCCGGCGCGCGCCCCGCGUCCCGCGGUGACGAGCACGAGCGCGCCGCCUCCUGCGCGCCCCCGGCCCCCAGCGGCCCGGAUCCCGAGCGCCUGCAGGCCGAGGCCAGCGUGGCCGUGGGCCGCGGGGCGUGCACGCUGCGCCUGGCCGCCGAGUACUGUCGGCGCAGCGCGAGCCUCCGCCUCCGCCUGCUGCGCGCCGAGGGCCCGGCCGUGGCGCUGGAGCCCCGCGCCGUGGGCUGUCGCCUCAGCCUGGUGCAGCGGCCGUCGGGCCAGCAGCGCGCCAGCGUAGUCCGCCGCAGCCGCAAGGCCGCCCUGGACCAGGACUGCUGCUUCGACGGGCUCUCGGAGGAGCAGCUGCGCCGCCUGGUGGUGCGCAUCAAAGCCGAGAGCAAGGGCCGUGGGCUGGAGCGCAGGCGACCGCUGGGCCAGGGCGAGCUGCUGCUGGGCUCUCUGCUGCUGCUCUGAGCCCGGCUUUCCUGCCUCACCUAAGAACUUGGCCUAGAGAUGCACGGUCACGCUUGGCGCUGGAACACUUGCAGACUGUUGGCCCUGGGACGCUCUUAAUUCUUGGUCCUGGCACACUGACAGCCUCUCGGCUCUUGGACACUGACAGCCGUUUGUGCAAAAUAAACAUGUAUUGUUUUUCUAGUCAGGGCUUUGUUUCAAUCCAGUCCUGGCAGAGGUGAUCCUGGCUUGUCACAGUAACAUCUGUAACUUCUUUUGGUGUGGGCGGAUACCUUGAAACUUCUCUCGAGCAGUGGGGUAUUGUUGAGCGCUGUUCCUCACUAUAGACAGCAAUUUGUAUUUAAGAUGUAUCCCACAUUCCAACUGGAAAGUAGUUAAUGCCAUGCGAUGUUAGACCAGCCUCGUUUUACAAGUUCAUUCAUUUCAUGGCAUCCUUUGAGGCUGAUAGCGUUGGUUACUUAUGAAGUAUUAAGAUGUUGCCGUAACAAAGGCCAAGGUCUGCUAAGAUUGCAGAGUGGGUAAAGGUGCUUGCUGCCAGGCCCCAUCCCCGUAAUUGGAAUCCAGUGAGGAUCGUGGGACCUACGUGAUGGAAGGCGACGAAAAAAUCCUGCACGCUUUCCUCUGGCGUGACCUCACCCCAAUGCACAUAAACAAUGUAAGCAAAUCAUUUGUAAUAAAAGGCCAGGAAGAACUGACUUCAAGUGAGACUCUAGUCGUAUCCUAAGCUCCAUUCUUCUGGAAAUACACUAAGGAAAUGGUAAUCAUCUUAAUACUUCAUAUUUAAGUAACAGUCACGAUAGUGUUCUAACCUGUUUCAUUGGGAGAGAAGCCUUAGAUAGUGGGCACAACUAUUCCCACCUUGUAGAUGAGGAUACUGAGGCACAAAAUACAGAGAAGUCAGGGUUUGAAUGUAGGGCAUCAGUAUUCAAAUGCUUGUCUGGGAACUGGGGUGUACAAUUCAGUUGGUGCAGUGCUCCCCAUCCCCAGAACUGCAUAAACCUUAGGUCCUGUUAAUACAGAUCUGUAAUCGCAAUACUAGGAGGUGAAAGCACAUGGGUCAGAAGUUCAAGGCCAUCCUCGGCUACAUAGGGAAUUAAAAGCCAGCAUAAGCUACAUGAGGCCCUGCCUGAAAAAUGAAAUAAAAUAAAAUAAAAUGCUCGUCCUCUGAAAGUAAUGAGACUUUGCAACUUGUCUGAAAAUGGCUCCGAGUUUGAAAUCAUAUUCCUCAUUUUCAUCAGGGAAACCAGAUUGGUGGAAAUAGUGAAGUGUGGACGAACACUAAUGACAUCAGUCUGAGACUAAGGAGAAAGCUGACCUGCCUCAGACACACAGGAUCCAGAA